AGCACAUUUAAGAAAAUCGACAAUACACUUUAUUAUUUACAGUGUGAUGAUAUAUUACUACAUUUUUAUGUAUACGUCUUUGCGUACUGCUGUUAAAUCAAACUCUGCUCACACUCCUACAGGUCACUCUUUCCUUGUAAACCUUUGUCUCCAGACGGGAUUUCCUGUCUAUGUCUGCUGGAGGGUCUAGUAUCUCAGGAACCCUCCUCCCACCUCCCCUCAGAUCCCAGCUGUAUGACUGGGACACGUACUGGUACUGGGAGUGAGGAAGCCAGGGACAGCAACGAGCACACUCCAGCACCAUGUUUAACUGGGCACCGUAGCUUUGUUUCCUGCCUUCAUUGUUUAACAUGAGCAGGAAGGAUGAGCCAUCACAAAAGCAUCAUAGCUGUCCUUUCCUUUUGUCACUGUGUAGCUGUAAUGUGCUCUCUGCUGGAGUUGAACACGAUUAAUCACUUAACUGCACUGUAAAUCAGUGAGUCUGCACACCCUAAAGCUUUUGGUGGUGCAUGUCCAGUCACGGAUGAACACACAUUCAAGCUUGGUGUCCAUUUGUUUGUGUUUUUUAUUACUGCUAGCUUAUUGUGGGUAGGCUAACACCAGGACGCCACAAGCUGAGAAACUGGUUAGCAAGUAAAACAGCGGUUAAAUUAAAUAAACUGUGACAGCUGAUGACAGAUUAAAUGUGAUUAAAGGUGGAUGGAUUAAAAAGUGACAUUAGCUAAAAUGUUUGACAUAAAGGGCCUGAUGUUUUCUUUACUCACUCCAACUUAAAACUAAAUUGAGUAGUAUUUUUGUUUUUGAAAUUAAGUGAUUUUGCCUGUGGUAGCAAAAAGUUUAUUCCAUCUGUUUUCCUACAGUGAUUGCUCAGUGGUUGACGGCAGCGAUCAGCUUCAUAUCUACUAUAAACACCGGAUGGGACCAUUUGCAUGAUCAACAUGAAGAAGAGAAAGCAGCGGCACUCCAAACCCACCAAAAACAAGAAUAAACAUGUUUCAGUGGACAGAAACAGACAAGAGUUUGCGAACAUCCUGGACACCAUGAUGCUGUGGUUUUCUGAUCAUCAGCAGCAGAUUGAUCAGCUGUUCGGUCACGGUGACACAGACAGAAGUGGAUCAGUCAACCUGAAGGAUUUCGAGCUUGGUCUGAUGAACCUGGGUGUUCCUUGUCAGCAGUCUCACCUCCACACGCUGACUCAGCUGCUGAAAACCUCCAACAACACAGUCACUUAUCAGGACUUGGGCAGACAAGUGCAAACACUGAGUACCAGCACAGAGGUACACACUCAGAUAUUAGAAGACCCUAUGGAAAGACAAGGAGCAGUUCAGACAGAAAGUUCCACCUGUUUGGGAAGUCAGCAGAGACAGUUACACAAUGAAAACUACAGCAGGUUCGUCUGUCUGAGUGUCAGACUGAUCCACUUCGACUUGGCUGCGGCUCAUCCAGGGAACUUUGAGGUGGUUUUGUCGAGCAGCAGCAGAGUCUGUAGUCUGAUCAGUGAGAUCCAGGGCCGCGCUGGGAUCCAGACAUCCAGACUGGAAGUUUUUAGGAGCAGGGUGCCCACAGAGGACGCGCGCCUGUCGCCGGAGAGCUCUCUGGAGGAGUGCGGCUUCCAGGGGGGGCCAGAGCAGAGCCCCCCAGAGGCCACUGUGUACUACGACUACAGUCUCCUGUUUACGGACUGUCCAGUCCUCAACUGUGACCACUACUUCAGGUUGAAGCCAGACUCUGCUGCCAGGAGGAAUGAACACUGUCUGUAAAUGACGCCGUCAGUUCGACAGCUUCUGUGGAUGGUUACAGCGCUUGUCUGCGGCUUGCAACUACCUCACUAUCUGAGGCGGUGUAUUUGUUUGUCUUCAGCCAACACCAAGCAGACAUCUAUGCCUGCAGCCUAAACAUUAAGAUACUACAAUGAACAAUUAGGAAUACUUAAAGGUCUUAAAGGAGGAUUUAUGUCAGAAAGCUGCAGGGAGCUUUGCACUCAGCACCUUGUGGCCUGUAUUCGCUUAAAUUACAGAUGCAGGGGUAUAAUUUAAGCCAGACUGUGCAAAUCUUUACACAAACAUGAAGCAGUGAUUUUAAUUGGUGUCCUCAGGGGGGCCACUGAGGCUGGUGUAUGCCAUGCUGGAGUCAGUGGAAAGUGCCUGGCUAGUGGAAACCACUGAGCGGCUAUAAAAAGCGGCCACUAAAGCGUGCCAUGCAGUCGACACACCCAGCAGCUUCCCCACUGCUCCACCCAGAUUCAACUCCACCCUGCUGCCUAGUGUGUGUUAACAGGAGGAGACGGACAUAUGAGCACGGUUUUCAAAGUCAAAAUAAUAUUUAUUCCAUAGGUUCAAAAAUACUGCGCAAUAUAAAUAUUACAAAACAGAACACUUAGGAUAACUUUAACACUGUUUACACGGGACAUGGAAACACAGACAUACGGUAUUCGCAGAAGUUUGUUGUAUAUAAAAUAUCCUCUGUUGUCCCUCAUGUAUUAGCUGCUUCCUGAUGAGAAGCCUGAACAUGUUUUAUGAUUUGGUCAGCUUUCAUUCACUAAAUCCGCUGUACAUGUAGAAAUGUAUUGUGCAUGAAGCUGAGAAAGAAAUAACACACAUUUUCAUAUGUACAGUGGAAUAUAUUUUAUAUAAAACUAUAUAAAGUGUGUUGUUUUAGAUCAGCCAUAUUAUUGUCAUUAGAAAGAACACGUAUGAGUAUUUUCCUGAAAAUCGAGGCUGAAAUGCCUCAAAUGUAUAUUCCUGAAACUAGUUUUACAAUAAACUGAAUAUGUUUUGGUUUUGGACAAUAAUUCUGCCCUGCACAUUUUUUGAGCAAAAUUAUGUGGUACAUUUCUCACUAAGAAAGCUCCAUCAAUAGUCACCAGUUGCAUUCCUCCUUGUGAUUAUUGCUUUUGUCUAAACUGUAAUGGUAACACAGAAGAAUGAAUUUCUGUUUAACCGUGCCCUGGUUAGCUGUUUUUGACAAUUUGUGACAAUUUGACUGGAAAAUCUCCAGGGGGAAAUAUUUGUUUGAGAUCUAAGGCCUCAGGCUGCAAGUUUAAAAAAAAAAACAAGACACCUACUUAUUUAAAAGUUGAAAAAUGAA